AUGUCCGAGAAACCUAGAGGAGACCUCGGCCGCGUCGUUGUCGUCGGCGGCAAUGGCUUCCUGGGCCACCACAUCGUCAACCAGCUCCUCAGCCCCUCAUGGACCACCUCCUUCGUGGCCUCGGUCGACCUGCGAUGCGAGAGGAACCGCAACCCCGACGCUGAAUACCGCGAGUGCGACAUUACCGAUUCCGAGCGCCUGCAGUCCAUCCUCGAGGAGCUGAAGCCAGAUAUCCUCAUCCACACCGCCUCCCCCAUUGCCGCCAACCACACCCUGGCCAAGGAGCUCUUCAAGAAGGUGAACAUCGACGGCACCGCCUCCGUCGUCGAGGCCUGCCAGAAGAGCGGCGUCAAGGCCCUCGUCUACACCAGCUCUGCCAGUGUUCUGAGCGACGGAGUCAACCCUCUGUGGAACGCGGAUGAGCGCUGGCCAGUCAUCCGCGGCGACCAGCAGUCUGAAUACUACACAGAGACCAAGGCUGCCGCAGAAGAGAUCGUUCUCAACGCCAACCGACAGGAGCCCUACAGCCUCCUCACAGCCUCGAUCCGCCCCGCGGGCAUCUUCGGCGAGGGCGAUGCCCAAACGCUCCCCGGCUUCCACAAGGCCUACGAGACCAGAAAGCACAAGGUCCAGAUCGGCGACAACACGAACCUCUUCGACUUCACCUACGUCGGCAACGUGGCCCACGCCCACCUCCUCGCCGCCCACCGCCUCAUCGCCACCGCCAAGGCCGCGACCGCACCCCUCGACCACGAGAAGGUCGACGGCGAGGCCUUCAUCAUCACCAACGACUCCCCCGUCUACUUCUGGGACUUUGCCCGCGCCGUGUACUACGCCUCCGGCGACAGGUCCGGCACCAAGGGCACCUGGCACAUGGGCAAGGAGAUCGGCUACUUCUUCGGCGUCCUCAGCGAGAUCUUCGCCUCCAUCCUCGGCAGGACGCCCACCUUCACCCAGCUCAAGGUCACCAUGACCACCAUGACCCGUUUCUACAACAUCUCCAAGGCGAAGAGGGUCUUAAAAUACGAGCCGCUCUGGACUCUGCAGGAGGGUGUUGACCGAGGUAUCCAGGCUCUGAUCGCUGAGAGGCAGAAGUAG